AUGUUCUUCUACGUAUCUUAGUGAGUCAUUUGUCCCACACCAACUGUACCUGCACUUUCUGUUCAGUUUUUUCUGUAUUAGUUCUUUCGCAGCACGGCGAGCGCAAAUAGAUACAAUCCUUCAGCGAACAUGUUUGGUUGUGCGGAACACCAUGCUUUAGAAGGGCACGUUAUUUUUAGGGGGCGAGGCUGGGUCCUUGGCACUCUGAGGGUCAGACGCUUGCUUGCGUGUGUGGGGGGGGGGGGGGGGGGGGGGUGUACGCCUGUGUGUGUGUUUGGGGUGCCUGUGUGUGCAAAGCCCCCCUGUCACGCAUGGCCAGUUUGUUGUUCAGGGCCCUGUUUGUGGCGAUGCAGUUGUGUGCGUCACAGUGAUAUGGAGAGGGAGAGCGAGGGGGCGGCAGACGCAUUUUCCCUUCACGGCACACCAGAUGAAAUCGUGACAUCUUUAGUCCUCAUGCCGUUUCACGCUGUGUUCGCAUACGAGUAGCUGGUGCCUAAUAUCAGGGGUUUCCCGCAUGACAAUACUUUAUCAGAGCACACUGCACAGUAAACAUAUCCACGUAUAUCUAAAGAACACACAUCUACUUUAGCUAUGUGCACACUUCCUGCUAAUCCGCAUAGUCACCGUGUUCGUCUGUGUAUCUGGGUAAAUAAAGAGCAAGGGUGUCUAGUGGUGUAGUUGUGCGUCUUUACCUGUGUCUGUGUGUUUCAUUGUGUAUCAUUUGACCCGAUUUUAGUGUGUGCGUGGUGUGUCCCUUUCCUGAUUUUUGUUUAAUCCACUUAAUUCAAAGCUCCGCUUAUUCUGUCCUGUAAUUCAGUUCAUUCCACCUAUACAAACUCUCUGUGGCAGGGUGCUCCUCUACUUCACCCCAUUGUUUUGCAUGUGUUUUUAUAAGCAAGGCCAUCCGUGAGAUCAGUAGUUUUGUUUUUGUGGCAGUGUGUGUGCUUGCCGGUGCCUGUAUGUAUGGUUGCGUGCAUUUGUGCCCGUGGGGGUGUGUCUGUGUUUGUCUGCCUGUGCUCUGUCUGUACGCCUGUGCUGUGUGUAUGUGUGUUUCUGUUUCCAGCCUGGCCCUUUCUCUCUCCCCCUCUCUCUCUCCCUCCUCUUCCCUCUGCAAUAACAGUGCUGACCUAGUUCCUGCCUGUUCAGGGCUGCCUGUGGAAUUUUACAGAGGCCUGCCUGCCUUGCUGCUUGAAAACGCAGGCAGAAAAGCAUGACUGAGGAUUUUUCUUCUUGUCGCACCAUUAGGCCUCAACAGCCAUCUUCCCCAAUCUGCAGAGUCCAUAGAAUGGCCUGUGCUAAAUAUGGAAUAACAAAAAAAAUGCUUAUUGCGAACUGAAUAUGAAUAGAUAGCAGGCAAGUGGAUCUGCCGUAAUCGGCGUUGAAAUUAGAAUGGAAAUGGGAAGCGCCCCGUCGACCGUUGCUCGUCUCCUCGAGCUUAGCUGCGACAGAACCGGAUGCAGUGGGCAGAAAAACACCCCUCCUCCACAACCCACCCCCCCACCCUCCCUGGCUCCCACUUCCCCUCCCUUCACAAAUAAUGGUUAGAGUCAUGGCCGUCAAAUUCUGACCACUGCCAGGAAUGGGCCAGCAGGCUGUGAUGGGAAUCACCCCCCUUUUCCCCCACCAAAGGGGACUUAUUUUAAGUUAGCAGGGCUAUGAGAUGCAAGUCAACACUCUAUUCCCGGGGGAAUCUUGAUUAAAUCUGAAAGCCUUCCAAUUAGGCAACGGGAAUGUUGUGGUACAGCCGAGAUGGAUACUUGGAAUGCCUUUCCCGUCUCUGCGUGCUGAAAUCUACACCAGCAUUGCAACAUAGUCCUCCCUCUUUCUCCCUUUCCCUCCUCUCGCCAUUCCUUUUUAGAUCAGUUGACGUUUUGUUGCGUUUCUUAUGCUACUUCUAAUAUUUUCUUAGCAUGGCAGAAUAUUUUAAGGAUAAUCUAGUUUUUCUGGAAUUAUACAUUCAAAUGUAGCAUUUAUCUACAGCGUUUUACAAAAAAUGCCUGCAGGGAUCCAUUCUAGCUGUAACACUCAUCCGUUCUAUCUCUUGUCAUUUCUCAGGUUUUGUGGGCUGGUCAUGGUGCCUCAGCCGGAGGUGUGCGACCCUCUCCACGCGAGCCUCUUCCUGCUGCGCAUGAACAAGCAGCGCCUGGCCGCCGGGCCCGCCCUCUUCUGUGACGUCAACCUCAUCGCCACCAGCGACGCCAAGUUCACCGCCUGCAGCCAGUACUUCCGCCAGCUGCUCCUGUCGGCGUCUUCCCCACUGCCUUCGGGUCCUGUAUUCGACACCCACCAUCAACCCCCUCUUCUGGGGGGGUUGAGCGAGUCCUGGAGCUGCCUUACCUCCAAUCCAGAGUGCUGUCCAACCUGCUCGACUUCAUCUACACCUCCCGCGUCCCCCGCCAGGGCUACAAGGUGAAAAGGCGUCUAUCAGAGGCGGGCCUCAGCCUCUGGGUGCCCUUCUUGACCCACCUGGUUGAGGAAGAGGAGGAACCAGGGGAGAUGAAGGGUAAAAGCAGGCAGGGCCGAGGAGGGGAGGCGAUGAUGGAGGGGCUGAUGGAGGACGGGGCAGACAGCCCAGAGAACGCUAAGAUCACCCUCAGUUUCCCCCUCAGCGCCGCCCUGCCUGCUGCCCUCACCGUUCACAACCACCACCCGUCCUCGGCCACAUCCUCCCCCCGCUGCCGACACUCCUCCUCGGCCUCCAAGGGGUCCAAUGAGGAGUCGCCGUGGAAACUGGCCAUCGCCGCCACCACGGACAAACGGCGGCCGUUUAAACAGCCCCGACAUGACAGUUCUCCAUCCUCUUCCUCCGCCUCCUCCUCCCAUUCCUCUUCUUCCUCUCCCAUGGAUCUUACUGCACUGGUCAAAAAGGACACCAAAUCCCCCCUGCCUCUUUUCAAAGCCAGUCUGGACUCCCAGUUCCACAGGUUCCCCCCCAGGUCCUCCAAUGGGCCUAUAGGGGGUUACCCAGGGGAAGGUCACAGACUGACCAAUGGCACAGCCUCCCCCUCAGAGACUGCACAGAUCCUGUUCAACCUGAGCGCCGUGGCCUAUCAGGGCCAGGGGAGGCGGGACACAGAGAAAAAGGAGAAAACAGGAAAACAAGGAGGGAAGGUGGGCAGCCCACAAGUUGGACCAAACCUACACAUGCCCACCCUCCACCUUCUUCCUCCUUCUCUUCCUCACCCCUCUGAGUCUUUCAUCCCUCCCCCUCUUACUCCUCACUCCUCCUCCACCCCCCCAGAUGUCCCCAAGCCGGAGCUGAUAUGUGGGGUGUGCCACCGCCUCUUCAGCUCCGCGUCCUCGCUCACGGCCCACAUGCGGCUGCACCGUGGCGGCCGUGCCCUCAGCUGCCAGCACUGUGGCAAAGCCUUCAUCCACAACAAGAGACUACAGUCCCACGAGGCCUCUUGCAGGCACGCUCUGAGCCCGGCCAUCCCCUCUAGCCUCCCCCUUCUCCCCAUCCAGCCAAAAGAGGAACCACUGGAGGAGGGGGAAGUUAGGGUGGAGGGAGGACAGAUUCUGGGGGCAGGUGAGGAAGAUAUGAAGACUGGCAAAGGGAAGAAAGGGCGAGGUCUACUGGUUCGACACGAAGGCGACGUGUCAGAGCUGGUGGGGGACGAGGACCACUUCGUCAAGGUGGUAGAUGGCCACGUUAUCUACUUCUGCUCCGUGUGUGAGCGCUCCUACAUGACCCUGUCCAGCCUCAAGCGUCACUCCAAUGUGCACUCGUGGCGCCGCAAGUACCCCUGCCACUUCUGCGACAAGGUGUUCGCCUUGGCCGAGUACCGCACCAAGCAUGAGGUUUGGCACACGGGCGAGCGCCGCUACCAGUGCAUCUUCUGCUGGGAGGCCUUCGCCACCUACUACAACCUGAAGACCCACCAGAAGGCUUUCCACGGCGUCAGCCCUGGCCUCAUCUCCAGCGAGAAGACAGCCAACGGCGGCUACAAGCAAAAGGUCAACGCUCUCAAGUUCUACCGCCUGCUCCCAAUGCGUUCCCAGAAGAGGCCCUACAAGACCUACAGUGACUCCCUGGCCAGGGGCCUGCUGCUGCCCCCUUCUGACCCCUCUUCCGUCCCUCUGUCCCUGGACUGCAGCCUGGACACCGGUGACCUUCACAGCCUCAUCAGUGGCUCUCUACCCAAGGGUGUGAAGCCUGACCCUGAAGAGUUCCCUGCCGGCUUCCCCCUCACAGUGGGCCUAGAGCAGGGAGAGAUCCCCACACUGCCCCCUACCCUAACAGGCAUGGCCCUAGGGAGAGUAGCUGACAGAGAGGCAGCAUCAGAGUCAGAGAAGGUAGGUAGCCAUGGCAGCAGCUCCAAGGUAACGGUUGGCAACAGAGUCAAAGCUCCCAAGGUCAGCGGUAGCCCAGAGUUGGGUUUGUCCUCUGUGAUCACGUACGGCCACCCCAAGCCCUCCGUCAUAGUGCAUGGCACAGCAGUGUCAUCCGUCAUUGUCCAUAGCAACCAGGUCACCUCCGGGGGCGGGAAAAGCCCCCUGAGCAGUCCCUCCCCUGAACCUAGCAACAGCCAGACACUCCCCAAGGCCAGUGCAAAGCCUGUUAAAAAGCAUAGGGAAAGUAUGGAGAGCCAUAGGAAGAGAGCUAAAUUAGUGGACAGAUCAGACACCACAGAGGAGUCCGAGAGGAGAUCUGAGACAGGUAGGUCCCAUCAUAAGUCCUGCAAGAGUGACAGCUCCUCAGCCAAACAGUCGUCCACUGGGUCAGAGGGUAAAGGGGCCGGGCCGCUGUGCCAGAUCACGGUGCGGAUAGGCGAGGAAGCCAUGGUCAAGCGCAGCAUCUCCGAGACGGACCUCAAGAGGGACAGGAGCCCCCCUCCUUCCAAAGCAAAAAAGACAGACUCCUCCCCACAGGACACCAAGGAACCUCGCCACUCACACCACCACCAUCAUCACCACAAACACCGCUCCCAUCGCAGCUCUAGCAUCGGAGCUGAGGGGGAGAGAGUAGAAGAUGGGGAGAGAGAGAAAGGGGAGAGCAGGAAGAAAAGUCCCAUCGACCCGGGCAAGGUCAGAGAGUACUACUUACGCCAGGAGGUGCGCAAGCAAGGGGAGAGUGAAGACGAUGAGGACAACCUCUGGAGGCCUUACUACUCCUACAAACCCAAGAGGAAGGCCACGCACGUCCACAAAGCAAAGAACUGGCAGCGCAAACUGCACUACAAACGCUCCCUCCGGCUUAUGAUGAGGGCCGAGGGACUCAUGGACCAUGUAAAUAAGGAGGCAGAGGAGCAAGAGGAGGAGGAUGGAAAGAUGGACAAGGAUGAGGUGGAGCAGGAGGGGGAGGGGGAGGUGAAAGGUCACAUGGAACAAGAGAAGGGAGAGGUACCUGAAUCCCUCAGUACUUCCCCUAUACCUUCAAAAGACAAAGAAGUGGUGGAAGAAAUCCGGGAGGCCCACCUUAAGCCCACUAAUCCUCCCCUGGCUUCUCCCCAACCCCCUCUGGCUACCUCAUUCUCCCCUAUGGACACAAAACGCCGGCCCUGGUCCAAUGGGAGUGCGUCAGAGUGCGAUACGUGCGGCCGCUGGUUCUCCAGCUCCAGGAAGCGGGAUAAACACGAGCUCAGCCACCUGCUGGAGUUUGUGUGCCUCCUUUGUAGGGCCCCUUUCCCUUCCAGGGACCAGCUGGAGGAUCACCAGAGAACCCGUCACCCCAAAGCCCCCGACCCGCUGUCCGUGCCACCCCGAGCGGGACCUCAGUCCCAAAAUGAGGGCACGGAGAGGGAAACUGAGCUGGCAGAAGUAGACAGGGCGAGAGAGAGGCUUAUACUAGGGAAGGGAAGUCCAAGUCGCCUAAGCAGGAGGUCGUUGGCAAGACACACCUGUCCGCAGUGCCAUAAGGUAUGCAAGACAUCCUCCGCGCUAAACCGCCACGUGAGGCGCCACGAGUUAAGCAGCUCCCCAGAGAGAGAAAGGGAGGCGACGCAGCCAGAGCCAAAAGCUGCAGCAGAGACUUCAGUUAGCACUGUUAGCAAAGACCUAGACACCAUGAGUGGCCAUGUUCCCAUUGUUCAGUCUGUCCCAGUUAUCAGCUACCCUAUCCCAGAGCCACAGCAUAGUAGCGAGGGCAUAGAGGCACAGCAGUGCGCAAGCCAGCCUAGCAAAGUGAAAGCAGAGCACCAUAUUCCAACACUGUGCAGCAGCCCUGAACUCAAUGUACUCACAACUCCUGUUCCUGACAGAGAGCCCAGUCCACAGAUUAUUCAGCCCCCUCCAGAGAUCCCCAUGGCCGUUAUCCCCACUUCCAACAGGCCCACACCCUCUCCCUCCUCCUUCUCCCCCUCCUCCUCCUGCUCCUCGGCCCUCCAGGGUGUGCUGGUCAUGAGCAGUGGAGCUGAAUGUCUGGAAUACCGGACCCCCAGGAAGAGGAGUCUGGAUGGGCAGAGCCACAGGAGGACCAGCCCUGCACCUGUCACGGGACCACCCACUGCUUCUCCAAAUAUUCACCUGACCUCGCAGAUGAGAAUCAACCACACUGCGGCUCCUCCGUCCGUUGCUAUGACAACAGUGCCCCUCCGAGGGGUCUGUGGCGUGAAGCAGGAGGGGGAUAUUGCGGAUAAAGGACUGAGGCAGGGAUGUGGGAUGGGCCGCCUCCAUCAUGCUGGUUUUAAGGACUCACCAGUGGCCCAAGAUCUCAGGGUCCCGCCGUUGUCCAGGAGCCCCAGUCCUAAGCAAGCACAAGACCUGACCAUGUCCUCAAUCCUAGCCAGGGAGAGGGAGGUGGAAAAGGAAAGGCAGAGAGAAUGGGAGAGGGAGAUGAAGAGAGAGCUGGAACGGGAUAUGGAGAGAGAGCUGGAAAGGGGGAGGCAGAGAGAAAAGGAAAGGGAUAUGGACAGAGAGCUAGAAAGGAGGAAACAGAGGGAGAGGAAUAUGGACAGAGUGCUGGAAAGGGAGAGGCAGAGAGAAAGGGAGAUGGAGAGGGCUCAGCAGACUAGGGGGGCAUCUCACCCCCCACAGGAGCAGCUCAGAGACAUGGAGGUGCUCCUCCUGGUACCCAAAGAGGAGCCGAUUAGUCCCGCACCGUCCCCUAUACACACACCCAUUCAAACCACUAUUAACAGCCCCCCCUUUCAGAGGCGGCCCUCCAAGUCCCCUUGCCACUCCCCCACUGCCAUGGACCUGCUGAUGCAGGCCAACCGCCAAGUUUCCCAGUCCAUGUGUGGCACACGGGGCCCCGAGAGGCUUCAGUUGCCCACUGGAUCGGUUGGUGGCAGUGACCGCCCCUCGGCCCACGCCCUACUGCUCCCACGGGCCCCCCCACCGUCCGAGGCAGAGCCCCAGGACCACUCCCCAGUGCCAUCCAGAGACCCUCACAGAGGUGAUGUCACUGCCAGGGGAUACCCCAUGCAGGACUACCCCCUGCCCCUCAUUGUCCAGGGUGGCUACCGCUCUGGCAAGAAGCAGGAGGACAACCUGCUCAUGUCCUACCCGACCGGGCCUCUUGCCUUCGGGCCAUUGGGGAAGAUGAUGCCUACCGGGGACCUAGCCAAACUGCCCUUCUACCCCGACCCAUACCACCUGCUCUAUGGGCCGCAGCUGCUGGCCUACCCCUACAACCUGGCCUCCCUGCCCAUGGCUCUGAACAUGAUGGCCCCUGGGGACGACAAGGUGGAGCCGCUGCCCUUCCUCCCCGCCCUCUUCAACUACGCUGCUGCAGCUGGUCCCUACACUGGCAUGGUGCCACACCACCUAGUGGCCAACCCCAGUCUCUACAACAGCGGUGGCGGCAGCAGCAAAAAACAGAGGGACAGCAGCAACGGCAAGCCGUAG